ACGAUAGUCACGCCCUGAGGGUUGCCAGGCAGUAUAGAAUAUCGGCAAUUUUAACACAAGGGUUUGCUGCUGGUCUCACGUGUACAGACUGGCAACAUAAACUCAGCAGCUCAGUCGGUAGACGGAACGAAAAUGGCGACUGCCUAUGAGAGAUACAAUUUGCACACUACUCCAGAGAAGUUUUUCAUUGAGGCCUGUGAUGAAGGGGUUGAUGCUGUCCUGGCAAUAGACAGGGUCUCAAAUGAGAUGACCCUCACAAGUAGAGAGGGUAUCCCUUCCUCCGCAGUGACCAGGCCUAUAUGUGGCAUCAUGGGAACCAUUCGCCUCAUUGCUGGGAUGUACUUAAUCCUCAUCACAAGAAAGAAGAAUGUGGGCAGCCUCCUGGGUCAUGCAGUGUGGAAAGCAGUGGAUUUCGAUAUCAUUUCUUACAAGAAGACAGUGUUGCAUCUAUCAGAGACCCAGUUGCAGGAGAAUAAGACAUUCCUGUCCAUGCUAAACAAUGUGCUGACAACAGACGGUUUCUACUUUAGCACUGACUACGACCUGACACACACCCUUCAGCGGCUGGCCAACACCAGCCCUGACUUCCAGGAGAUGAGCCUCCUGGAGAGGGCCGAUCAGAGGUUUGUCUGGAAUGCAAAUCUCCUCAGAGAGCUGGCAGCACAGCCAGAGCUUCACAGGUUUGCACUACCAAUGGUACAUGGAUUCAUUGUUAUGAAACCUUGUCGAAUAAAUGGAAAAAUCUUUGAAUGGAUACUAAUAUCCCGGAGAAGCUGCUUCCGAGCAGGUGUCAGAUACUAUGUCAGAGGCAUUGACUCUGAAGGCCAUGCUGCUAACUUUGUGGAAACUGAGCAGAUCGUUUUGUAUGAGGGAGCCAAGGCUUCCUUUGUACAGACACGAGGUUCUAUGCCCUUUUACUGGAGUCAAAGGCCCAACUUGAAAUAUAAACCUAAACCUAUCAUCAGUAAAACAACCAGUCAUAUGGAUGGUUUCCAGAGGCAUUUUGACUCACAGCUCCUCAUCUAUGGGAAACAAACCAUUCUUAAUCUGGUAAAUCAGAAGGGUUCUGAAAAGCCACUAGAACAGGCAUUUGCCAAGAUGAUAUUCAGUUUGAACAACGGUAUGCUCAGUUACAUAGCCUUUGACUUCCACAAAGAGUGCAGCCACAUGAGAUGGGAUCGUCUCCAAAUCUUGGUGGAAGCUGUUGCUGAGACACAAGAUGAAUACAGUUACUUCAUGGUGAACUCAGAAGACAAGGCACUUGUCCAGCAGAGAGGAGUCUUCCGCAGUAACUGUAUGGACUGCUUAGACAGAACCAAUGUCAUCCAGAGCUUAUUGGCACGACGCUCAUUACAGUCUCAGCUCCAGAGAAUGGGGAUUCUCAACAUAGGACAGCGGCUUGAAGAACAGGCUGACUUUGAAAAGAUCUACAAAAACGCAUGGGCUGACAAUGCCAAUGCAUGCGCUGUACAGUAUGCAGGAACUGGGGCAUUGAAAACCGACUUCACAAGGACAGGCAAGAGAACCCGCUGGGGAUUAUUGCUGGAUGGUUGGAACUCCAUGAUACGCUACUACAAAAACAACUUCUCUGACGGCUUCAGACAAGAUUCAAUUGACCUGUUUUUGGGUAAUUUUGCCAUUGAUGAAUCGGACUGCCCUAGUCCUCUUCGGGUGCAGAAAGACUGGAAGUUUCUGACUUUACCGAUCAUCAUGUUGGUGGCAUUCUCCAUGUGCAUCAUAUGUCUUCUCAUGGCUGGUGACACAUUGACCGAGACCUUUGCUUAUGUGAUGUUCUGGGGAGUUUGCAGUGCUAUCACAGCCACCAUCAUCUUGUUUAAUGGACAUGACUUUGUGGACGCUCCCAAACUUGUUCACAAGGAGAAGAUGGACUGAGUAGUCGGUGUGCAGACACAGCUCACUCAAGUACCUCGACACUGUUAUUCUUAUUCCUCUCCAUGGCAGUCCAGUCUGGUAUAUAUUUCCCUCAACGUGUCAAAGGUUUAGUCUAUCAUCAUCACAACAUAUCACUCCAGAACACUUUCCUUUAUGCUGAUUACUUUUAAGUAUAUUACCCACAAAGUUUUGGGAUAACAUAGGAUUUUGAAGCUAUUUCUGUUGAUAUAUCUGUUGUCAGUCCUCUACAGGUUGUAAUUAUUGAGCAAUAUCUUGACUCAGUGAUCCAAUAUGUAUAAGGUUAAAAGUCAUAUUCAGGUUUUAUUCUGUAUUAUCUCUUGAUCUAAUAUACCUUUCAAAAGAGAUUUUCGACAUGCA